AUGAAGAUUUUGGCGGUGUGUUUUGUAGGGGCACUUGGGUGGUGGGAUGGUGGACAUACGUUGGUUGCAGCGGUUGCGAAGCGUUUAUUGGAGCAGGGAGGUGCGAGCGAUGUGAUUGCGACAGUGGAUAACAUGUUGUUGCGUGAGGCGUCGGUCUGGGCUGAUUAUUCUUCGUUGCCACGUGUAGCGACGUGGGCUGACAAGAUUAAGGAGACUACAAGUGAGCGCUGCGAGGGGGAGACGCGGUGCGACGGGAACGGAGUGUUUAGUAACAUCCACUUCGUAGACCAGCCGAUACGCUUGUACGGGCCUGAUGAGCAAUUUGAAGAGGCGACCUGGACGAGUUUGCAGGAGACAUUGUUACAUAACGUUAGUUAUGUGAAUGGGUAUACGACCUUGAAUGAGGCGAUGAAGGUCGUAAUCAAUCCGGAUGGCGGAGUUUUGGAUGCGAACCGUGGGACGUUAUGGUCUCAAGACCUUGCCGUUCGCCUCAUUACACAUCUGGUGGGUGAUCUGCACCAGCCUUUGCAUGGUAUUGCCCUGUUUGAUCCCGCCCUUUGUGGCGCCACAGAUGACACAGUGCCGUGUACCCAAAAUGAUGCUGGUGGAAAUGGUAUCGGGCUAGAUUGGACUAACGUUAAGAAUUACAAGGCCAUGGCUGAUUCGAUCAAUCUGCACGGGCUAUGGGAUUCGAUGUGCCAAUACGCACAGUGGGAUGCCACGGACCUAACGCUUGACCAGAUUGAUGACGAAGCUGACAAACUGAUUGCAAGGUUCCCCACGCAAUUCUUUAAAGAUAAGAAGGUCGACCUAGGCUGGGACUGGGAGACCGGAACGGAAACCGUUCUGCACGAAGACCUGCUUAUUGCCACCUCAGGCAGAGUAGAAGACCAACAAAUCAAGUUUGGCGAAAACGACCACGCGAGACUGUAUCCUUCUACUAUGCUCGUUAGUACACCAAACAGCGACGGUAAGAAGAAUCUGACUCUCGCACUUACGGACGAAUACAUCGACUGGUGCUCCGAACUGAGUCAGGAGAGAGUUACACUCGGCGGCUACAGACUUGCGGCCGUACUCAAACAAAUCGCAGUGUCUAGACCUGAUGAACUCGCGUUUGAACCCGCCAGCGCCAGCCACGCAACCAGCACCGUUGCGCUUACGGUACUAGCCCUGACCAUGACCACCGUCGCGGCCCUCUAA